UCGCAGUAGCGACUCGGUCACCGUCAGCGUACUUCAGAUAUGGCUCAAUACACCAUGCCAACUUGGUGUCCUAUUGUGUACACAUAUUCGAAUCCGUCUAGGAACUAUUUGCGAAACCGUUUCUUUGUGAAUACCGCAAUAAAGGCAUUACCGUCAAGUCGCGAAAGUGAUGUGUUAACGUAGUGUCACCUGCCACCACCUCACACCACAUCACGACCGGCUUACCGCGCCCGCAACCACCGCCGUAGCCGUGUCGAAUUGGCUACCCGCAGAAGAAUAUGCACCUCAAGUCAUCGAGAAGGCGUAAGAAUAUAAUUGACAUGGACAUCGAAUCACUGUUAAAAUACUUGCGUCAAUAUUUCCAUCACUCCGACUUCAAAAACGAAAAGCAGAAGGAAGCUAUCUUAACAAUAUUGAAAAGAAACACAGAUGUUAUCGUGUCGUUUCCGAGUGGUCAUGGCAGGACAAUGUGCUACCAACUACCCUCUUUAAUUUAUUCAAAGAGAAUGACAAUAGUGAUCAUUCCUCAUGUUGUACGGAUAAUGGACCAAGUUAAUAGAUUGAGAAAUUUGGAAAUUCAUACUGAAGUUAUAUCUACAUUAACAACUGCUGAUGAAAAAAUACGUAUAUAUGGUGAUUUACAAUCUGAAUUUAGAAAAAGCCACUUUCUUUAUGUGACUACCGAUCAAGCUUCAACUACAGCCUUCAAACAAUUGUUGUCUCAUUUAGUACAAACUAACAAUUUAUCAUAUAUCGUUAUCGAUGAAUCACAUUGUGAAAACGAAUGGAUUUAUGGUCAAAAGAAUUAUGAUUAUCAACCACUGGGCAUGUUAAGAAGAAUGUACAAGGAAAUUCCAUGGAUUGUGGCUACGGCUGCAGCCGGUCUUGAUGUUAUUGAUUUCAUGAGGAGGGCUUUACACAUGAAAAAGGAUCUUAAGACUUCUAUACGGUUUUCGAUUCCAUGCCACAGACCUAAUUUAUUUUAUGAUGUAGUUCAAGACAAUAUCAAUGGAGUUUCUGUUCCUCAUUUAAAGAGCUUCAUUGACAAAUAUUUAACUGAAGAAAAUAUGAAUCAUAGACCUGACUCGGAAAAACCUUCUGGAUUAAUAUUUUGUAAGAAUCGAGAGGUUACUGAACAGUUAGUCAAAGAUCUAAAACAAAACGGUAUUUCGAUUGCUGCUUAUCAUGCCGGGCUAGAGGAAGCUGAUGGUAAUGCUGUUAAAGACUCGUUUAUGAAAGGACAUUAUCAACUUCUUACUGUCACCAGCAGUUCUGGAAUGGAAAUUAAUAAAACGAAUAUAAGAUUAGUAGUACAUUGGGGCUUGCCGGCUAGUGUGCCCGCAUAUUAUAAGGAAUCAGGUCAAGCUGGAAAGGACGGUAACCCAGCACGAUGUCGAAUCUACUUAACAAAGCGAGCCACAUCAUACUAUAAUUCAAAAAAUGAAUCUAUUAUGGCUGAUGCAGUGACUGAAAUCUGUACUGUUCAACAUAUAAAAAAAUCAUCAAGAAGUUUCCUUGUGUUUCUUCAUUCUCGUUAUAUGAAAGAUUACUGUGAAGGCUUAAAGUGUAGACACAGAGUUUUUUCUGAUUAUUUUGGAGAUGAAACAAUGAAGUGCAUUGAUAAAUGUGACAUAUGUUUCCUAGUGUCUCGUGGCUUUUAUGGUGGACACAAUGCUAUUGAACAAGAAAUGCUACAAAAGGGGAUGAGUACUUACAUCAAAAAUAUUUGCGCAAAAUAUCAAGAGUUACAAGAAAAAGAUAUGCUUACAACUACAUAUGCAUUAGAUAUAAUGAAGGUCUGUAAUGAAUUUGGGAAAUCCUCAAAUUCAGACAACCCUAAAGCUACACAAACAACUGAGAAAUCUGAAGAAGCGGUGAAAGUGAGUAAAGUGGAUGUUGAACCACUGCCUUCGUCUUCAGAGAAUGACAAGAAAAAAGAUUAAGACCAAUUGCCAGCUUCAUUAUAAAUAUUACACAUAAUUGAUAAAAUAAUUAUAAGUUUCAUUUAUUUUUUUGUUAAACUAUGUAUUUUAAUU